CGCAUCGCAGGCCGCGCAGCUCCAUCUCACGAUGUCGAAGAAGAAGACAUUUCGUGAGCACGAGCUUUACCAUCAAAAACAUCCGAAACAAGCUUCAUCCCAACCAUCAGUACUCGCCUUCAUCCACGACGCCGUCCCACCCCCACCUUACACAGACCACAUCAAAAAAUCCGAGCUGUGCGUCCUCAAAGACCGCCUCGAAAAGACCGCUGAAGAAAACUUCUCUGAAAUCCGGCAAUUAAUGAGUCCCGUAGAAUCCUUACGAGAAGACAUCCGACGAAUCGAACGCGAGUAUGCGUCGACUCAGGACGGCGAAGCUUUCGUCUUCGCAAUGCGCGUACAGUAUAAUCAGCUCCGCUAUCUUAAGGAUUCGGACCUGGCAAGAUCGGAUCGAGGCCAUGUUGCGAAUUUGGAAAGCGCUGCUAAUUUAGAGAAUCGGGGGAGGAAGGAUUUGAAGACUAUUCGGGAGCAGUUGGAAUUCAAUGGGAGGAUGCUGAGCUGGUUGCAGCUUAGUGUCACGCAGAUGGUUGAGGCGAUCGAGAUGAAUCAGGAUGUGGGCUCCGGGCCCGCGAGUGAGAACUGGCGUUUUGGUUUGUAGAGAGGAGUGUAGUAUAAUUCUAAACUCUAUGG